AUGUCCAAGCAUCAGACUUCCUCGAGCGUGGAGGAGACGCUCGUCUCACUGUUUCAGGGUGUUUCAGACGAUGACUGGGCCCAUGCGUACCUCGUCACCGCUCCUCGGUUUCUAGGCCACUCCUUCAACCCAGUAUCAUUCUGGUACAUUUACUCCGCCGAACGUGAGCUAAGGAUGAUGAUCCUGGAGGUCAACAACACCUUCGAUGAGCGGCGGAUGUAUCUACUGAAAGCCGCCUAUGGGAAGGAGCAAGAGACUACUACCCUUGCACGGGAUACUGACGGCAAGGUCUCACCAGCCUUGCAGACCUCGAUCCGAUUCACGAGUGCAUGGGCCAAAGACUUUCAUGUAUCUCCAUUCAAUUCUCGCAAAGGCACCUACAGCCUCGUGGCACUUGAUCCUUUAUCCACCGCUGGAGAUAGCGUAGCAAGUGUGAACAACACUAUCACCCUAAGAUCAUCCAAGGAGGAAGCGAAACUGGUCGCAAGAGUCUUCUCCGUCGGCGCUCCCGUGGACCCUGAAAUCCUCGGCUGGUGGGCUUCUCUGCGCUUUGUAGCGAGCUGGGGAUGGGUUGGGUUUGCAACGUUUCCUCGUAUCAUCCGAGAAGCGUGGAAGCUCUACUUCAAGCGGAAACUCCACGUGUGGUUCAGGCCGGAGAUAUCUAUCAACAGCGUAGGCCGGCGCGCCACGGAUGAUGAGAGGCUGCUCGAAACCUUCUUCGCCAAAUACAUCGCCCACCUCGUCUCGCACGCCACGGCCCCGCUCGACGUAACAUACAAACCCCCCACCGAGCUCAGCCCUCCUCGCCAAUACUUCUCCCCCCCAUCCUCCUCCUCAGAGGCGCUCCGACCACACCUCCACAUCCACAUUACAACCCCCGCCUUCUACAGCCGCUUUGUCCACUACGCGCACACGACUGAGGCCUUUGACCGCGAAUGCCUCUGCACCAUGGAUAAGAACCGCACCCUUUGGAUCUCCCAACCCGAGUUGCUAAGAGCCUUGCUUCCCUCAGUCAGGUACCCAGUAGACGGCCCGCCGAGCGUUGGUCUCUUCGACCGCCUGCGGUGGGCGGUGCUGAAGAGGUUGAGGUGCUUGCCUGCUGCGCCUAGCUACCCGUUUGGCGCGGAGGCUGCGAGAGGGGAAAGGGUGGAAGAUAUUAGGGCGCUACCGCUGUCGCCGCUUGAUCUCUUCGUGCAGCGCUACUGUGGUGGGGAUGCGUGGCGGUAUCGACGGUGCGUUAGCAGGCUGUUUUUGGUGCAGCGGUUAGCGUGGGGAAUUCCGGCUUUGGUCACGGGUGCUGAUGUCCUGGUCCGCUUUGCGCUUCUAGUUGUCGCUGUCAAGGUGCUUUUCACGGACGAGUUCGGCGCGGCUCAGAGAAGCGGAUCAAUGGGGGCGGGGUUCAGCGUCGCGCUCGAGUUGGGCAAGGCUAUGAUGGUGAAUGGGGUUCAUCUGUGGACCCUGUUGAAAGGCUUCUGA